UAACUUUACAGCCAAAAACAAAAAAGACUCGACCCAACCCAACCAAACACAAUCUUAGUCUCGACUGGAGCCGGGCGCGUGCAUAAAGCCGGCCACUAGCCGAAGCACUACGCUCGAUCGGCAAAGCAACACGGCGGUGCCCAUUCGACACGGCACAUCCCCCGUUAGCCACUACACUAGCCCCUGCACGCGAGCGACAGCGAACGGGGCUGUGUGCCCGUGUCGGUAGGACUGGGGGCGCCUACGUGCGCGCGAGGCAAACGCAGCUGCCGCGCAGCUCGGCGGCAGGCAGACAGCUCGGCCGCGACCGAGUCCCCUGAGCACUCGACAACCUGUCGGCACCUUGUUUAUUCCUCUCCAGUUCUGUCGCCGGCCCAGAUCGAUCGAUGGAUCCCCACAUCCGCAUGUGCGCCAUGCCACCGCGCGUAUAUAUAGCAGUGCACACCUCACUCGUGCCUGCGCUUGAGCUAGGUAGGUCUGCAAGGCGCACGAGCUACUCGUCCUGCAUUGCGUUUCCAGUCUGUAUCACACUAGCUAGCUAAAGAUCGAAGUGGUUGUCAGCUGUGGCCGCGCCUGCGCGUACAGCGCCGAGCUGAAGGGGAAGGUGAUCCAUCCACUGAUGGAGCUGGAGCUCGGCCUUGCGCUGCCGAACGCGCGCCCGCCGGCCGGGGAGUUCGUCGGCCUCAUCAACAGCGCGGCGGGUGCGUGCGGGAAGAGGGGGUUCGGCGAGGCGUUCGGGGCCGGCAAGGCCACGCUUCCGCUCUUCGUGCGCGACGGCGAAGGAAGCGACGGCGAGGGUGGCGGAGACGGAGUCGUCGACUGUGAAAUGGGCAGCAAGAGGAAGAAGCUGGUGGGGUGGCCGCCGGUGAAGUGCGCGCACAAGCGGAGCUGCGGCGGCGGCGGCGGGUACGUGAAGGUGAAGAUGGAGGGGGUGGCCAUCGGCAGGAAGGUGGGCGUGUCCCUCCACGGCUCCUACGACGAGCUGCUCCGCACGCUCGACCGCAUGUUCCCCUCCGCUAACCAAGAUGCAGAGGAAGACGUGACCCGGCAUGAUCGUCGUCGUCGUCACCCGUACGUGGUUACCUACGAGGACGGGGAAGGAGACUGGCUGCUCGUCGGAGACGUGCCGUGGGAGGCCUUUGCGAAGUCGGUCAAGCGGCUCAAAAUUCUCGCGUAACUGACGAUGUACGCAAGCAGAAAUGCGUCACUAAAAAAAGUCACUCAACAAUUGUACGUGAUCCACGUGCAUGCAGUUCGUUUCGUCGGUUGUUUCAAACUUCAAAUCACGACAGUUUGUAUUGGAACGUUUCACUAAAUUAUUUCUAUAGUAAUAACUACUAUCUAUCUUCGUCACACCUGUGUGCUCGUGUCAAAGUAAGGUUUUUAUCUAGUCUGAAUAGAGUCACUUCUCUGUGUGACCGUGCAUAUACGGUCGUCCGUAGCCGGGCUAGUACUAUAUCAAGAUGCUUUUGGGUCUCCUUGCUGGUUUUCGAUCCAAUGCAUUGGCCAAAUAUUUACAUGUGGUGACUGAUACAAUAUUAUAUGUAUAUAUAUGUCUUCAAUUU